GUGAACAGCUUUUGGGUUCUCUUUGUUUGUUUGCGUAUCGCAUUGGAAGCCUUGAAAGGUUGAAUGAAGUCCUGUCUAAUUAUGGUCCUGAAAACUGUAGAGGAUUUCCACGCAUCACCAUUAAAGAAAGAAAAGGGCAGCAGACUGCAAUAGAAAAGCACAACAUACAAGUAGCGUCAUUCUCAGGAUCUACUGAAAGGGAAAUUCUGAAAAACUUUGAAGAGAUUGUGGAGACAUCCUUGCCACUCGAGAAACUGAAGGCAUAUUAUGAGGAAUGUGCUGGCUCAGCAAAGCAAGUGGUCUUGAGCUAUGUUACCUUCUUUGAGCAAAGGAAAUCAUUCAUAGCAGAUAUUCUUGAGAAUGGAGUAUUUAUGCGUGAUCAUGGGUCUAAACAGGAAAGAGUCAAUCUUGUAGACAAAACAGAACUUAAAUCAUUUCUGGAGGAGCAUAAAGAAUACUGGGCUAAUAAACUUGAAGAAGUGGAGGAAAAGUUCUUAGCACUAGAUCAAUGUCAAGGAACACUUCAGGGGCCAAAACAGAAAAAGAGGAAAAGAUCCGAGAAAAAGCCACAAGCAGAUGUCAGUGAUAACUUCUCCAAGCUUGCGGGAGAGCUUCAGAUUGAGUUCUUCAGCAAGGUAUGCUGUGAUUGGCGAGGAAUUGCUUUGACCAUGCGGGACAAAGUGUUUAAACCAGAAGAUGAAGAACUUAUAGACAUCCAUGACAUAAAGGUAUACUUUGUUUUUUUAAACCUUGACUUACAAAAUAUACUCAUUUACCAUAAAUAUAUCAAUGAUCGUUUUUUAUCUUGUUUGUGCUUUUUUCAGUGCAAAGAAUGGGGCUUCUUACUAAAGAAGUUAUUUGGCCAACACUUGGGCACUGGUGACUAUGGACAUCUUGUUGUGGACCACAGUGCGAUGCUUCUUAGACAUUUUCGUUCCAUGUACAAAUAUUCUGGUCAAGGAUUUGAGUCGUCACACAAGUUGCAUAGACAGCUAUAUUCCAAGGCUACCAAUCAUGAUUCCUCUGGACCAGGCCAAUCUUUGAAUCAAAUACUCACCCACUGGUAUGCAACCAUGCUUCUGUCCCUACGAUAUGCAUUCCAUCAAGCAAGCGACUGCAUUUAUUCAGGCAAGAAAAAGUUCUGCUACCGUGGGUGCGGGUGGAAGAGUAUUAGUACAAAAACAUGGUCGGAGGAGACAAAGAAAUGGAUACUAACGAUGAAUGGCCUGUUCAACCAAAUGUUUGGCAGUGACUUUCUUUCGUACAGUUACAACAAAGACCAUGGAACCCAUGUGACCAAUGAUGUGAUAUCGAGGCUCCGUGAGUAUGAUCAUGUUUACUGGGAACGCGAAUAUGCCAAGCAUGUGUCAGACAGCAGGGAAAAUGAACGACCACUCCCAGAAGGCACCAAUGAUGACUUUUGUAUCCCAGGAGCUUAUCUGAAUACAGACUUACAGCCUAAUGCCCCUACAAAGUUAUCAAAGCACCCUCCAGCAGUUAAUCUUAGUACUUGCUUGCACAAUGGCAGCCCCACAGACAUAAGUCAGCCAACACCUAUGGACGUGAGUUUUGAAAUGAAACAAAGUGAGCAGACGCCCAUAAAUGUAAAGAAGGAUGACUCUGUGACGGAAGAGCGUUCCUUUGAUUCGGGGUCGGAUCUUCGUGUUGCUAUAGCUAAAGCUAAAACAAGAGCUGAAGAGGCAGCCCUAUUCACCUUGUUACCACCAGUGUCCAGAAGUUCAGCCUCGGUUCUGCAGCCAGUCUACGGUGAGAUGUCAGCUUCAGAUCCUUACACUCUAAAGGAACGCCCCUGUGAAAAUGUCAUUGAGAAGGCACAGAAGCUGCUUGUUGAUCAGAGAAGAAAAGGAAUGCAUCCAUCUGGUAUAAGCAUUGUUGGAACAGGGCAGUUUUCAGAAGAUGGCUUGUCCGUUCUAAGGAAGUUCUGCUCCCUGGCAGGUACUAAAUGGAAAGUAUCAUCUGAAGCAAAUUGGCUCUCCCAGUUGAAGUGCUCAGUGGCAGAUCUGGUCCUAAUUCAAGAUGCUCUAUGGCAUCAUUCAGCUACCACACCAAUAUUAAGAUUUGGAAGGAAAAGCAUCGAUGUCACCUCUUUUUCUGAACUAACAGGAGAGAGGUACAUCGAUAGCUUUGUCAUAGACAUCUGUAUUGGAAAGUAUUUGGAAGAAGCCAGAGAAAAUGGGAAUGAUGACACCCUGUACUUCCCUUCUGAAUUCUACGACUGGAUGAAGUCAAGUGACAGGAGUUUCAAGCGAACACGGGUUGCAGACGUAGCAUCUGACUUACUUUUGUUUGACAACUUACAGCAAAUAUUAGUACCAGUUCAUCUGCCAAACCACUGGGGCUUAAGUGUUGUUGAUGUGGCAAAUAUGGAGAUGUACUUUGACGAUGGCCUAGCGCGUGNUGUUUCAUAUUUAGAGGAAACUUAA